AUGGGAUUGGGAGACGCGGAUCUUCUCGACGACGGCGAUGGCGGUGGUCGGAAAGUGGCCGAGACGGCGGUUUCGUGCUCCAUUUGCUUGGAGGCGGUGGCCGACAGCUGCGAGAGAUCUCGGGCGAAGCUUCAAUGCGGUCACGAAUUUCAUCUCGAUUGCAUAGGUUCAGCAUUCAAUAUUAAGGGAGCAAUGCAGUGCCCCAACUGUCGGAAAAUUGAGAAAGGACAGUGGCUAUAUGCAAAUGGUAGCCGUCCACUACCUGAGUUUAACUUUGAGGAUUGGGCCCGUGAUGAGGAUCUAUAUGAUUUAAGUUAUUCUGAGAUGUCUUUUGGACUUCAUUGGUGCCCGUUCACAAGGGUUCCUACUUCGUUUGAUGAAGGAGAGUUUUCGUCAAGUGCAUAUCAUGAUCUUCUCGGGCCCCAUGCUGUCUUUCCGGAACAUACGCCCGUUUCAUCCACAUCCCAACCCUGCCCUUACAUCACAUAUUUUGGGCCUAUCCACCCAUCAUCUUCAGCAUCGAGUGGUAGUGUUUCAGAUGGAUCUACUUUUAACAACAACUGGAACGGCCCAUCGGGCCCUACCGAUAUUCCCAUUCCCUAUUCUUUCCAGUCAAUGGAUGUACAUUACCAAAACUGGGACCAAGCUUCAGCUUUCACCACAAGCACUCGAACUGCUGGGUCUGACCAACAACUCUUGAUUCCACCCGUGACUCGGAGGACAGCCAGGAAUAACUCUGAUAUCUUGAGAGCUGGAAUGCAUCCCUUCAUUAUUGGUCACAGUUCUGCCAGCCGAGUGCCGAGUUCCAUCACCUCAUCAGUGCUUCCGACUUACCCGGGUGCCAUCACCCGUCCCCGUGACCGCCCCUCGACCCUUCAAGCAUACUUUCAACAAACCACCGGUAACCCUGUUGGACGGGCCCAACCCAUAUCCACGGCCCGAAGAUCCAGCAGCCACAGGGGUGUGGCCCAGGUGGGGCCCAUCCAUCCAUCCUCAACAGCUGAUCAGCCCAGCGGCUUUUACCUACUCUCUUCGAGUGCAUCUUCCGGGAGCCGAACUUUCCAAGAAUCCGAGAACACUCAUCGAGACCCUUUCCACCGUUGGGAGCGCGAACACCACCACAAUCAGCCUAUGUUCCAGUCGGGCCAAGCCGACCCAGACUCAAUUUGGGGCCCGUUUCGCCCGCCUGGUGUGGGGCCCGUUCGUCACAGGCAUGGAUCUGAAAGGAUGCCACCUCAAAAUCGGCCGUCACAAUAA